CAUUUCUCUAAAGCCCUAAACCCCUUUAUUCAAAUCUUCUGAGUUCUGAUUCAUUUCUUCAAUCUCCUUCAGUCAUGUUUUCUCCAGGGACGAAGAAAUCCAACUUCAGCUCUAGAAAAGAUCGAACAGUUCGUGCACACACGCCUCCUGUAGGUAAUGGUUCUCCGGUGACGCCUCUUAUUGAGAACAGAAAACCGGUGACGGAAAAUGCUAUCCCUGACCGACCUAAUACCGGCACCCCCGCUCCCUGGGCAUCUCGGUUGUCUGUUCUUGCUAGAAUCCCAACUGUGAAGAAAAGCGACAAAGUGGAUGACGUAGAUCCCAUUCAACCUGUAUAUGUUGGAGAAGUUCCCCAAGUAGUUCGUGAUGAACAGGCUAACAUGUUGCAGAAGCGUGGUUCUGGUGAUACACGCAUCUCUGGUGGGAUGGACAAGGGAACCACUUUGGCAUGGAUUAUAUGUGGAAACCGGCUUUUCGUCUGGAGCUACCGAUCACCAGCAGCGUCAAGAAAGUGUAUCGUUCUUGAACUCCCUUCGAGCAUACUAGAAGAUGUUGAUACUAACAAGAAUUUGAGUAAUGCAUGGUUACUUUGUGUUCUUGAUUGGGAUCACAACACAUGGAGUACAAACAAGGUUCAUCAAAAAAUAACUGCUGCUGGUGUUCUCUUAUGCAAUAGGAAAACACGAGCUCUUGUAUAUUGGCCCAACAUUUAUUCUUCCUCUCCUUCAGUCACUUAUAUCGAUCGGUCAGAGUCCACUUCUUUGUCUAGUAGCGGCAUAACUACCAUAAACAAACAGAAACUAUCAAGUUCUUAUAAUUCCUUGAUUUCUUCUGCUAUUCCUGAGAAGCAUAAUUUCUGCAUAGCUCUUGCAUGUAGUUCUAAUGGUCAACUCUGUAAAUUUAUUUGCUCCCCUACUGGCAUUCAUUGUCAAGAGAUCAUAAGCGUAUUCUCUGAGGGACCCAAGGGGUACCCAAGGUCAUUGGUUUGGCAUGCACCCGAUCAUUCUCUGAAAGAACCAAAAAGGAAGUUCCUUCUGUUGACGGAUGAUGAAAUACAGUGUUUUUCUGUCGAACUUCUUCCUGAUUUUAGAACGUCAAAGCUGUGGUGUCAUGAAAUAGUAAGCGAUGAUGGUGAUGCUGGUAUACAGAAGGGCCUAGCUGGGCAAAAGAAAAUUUGGCCUCUUGACAUGCAAGUAGACAUUAACCGUAAAGUAAUAACUGUUCUUUACGCCACCUUUUGCAAGGACAGGGCCACUGGUUCAAGCUACACCGAAUACUCUCUUCUGACCAUGCAAUACAAACCUGGACUGGAUGUGUGCUCAGAAUCCACUUAUAGUUCACAUAAGAAAAUUUUGGAGAAAAGAUCUCCAGUUGAAGUGAUAAUUCCAAAAGCUAGAGUAGAAGAUGAGGACUUCUUAUUCUCUAUGAGGUUGAAGGUCGGGGGUAAACCUUCUGGAUCUUCAAUCGUGCUCUCUGGGGAUGGAACUGCAACAGUCACACGGUAUUUGCGAAACACUAGCUGGCUUUAUAAAUUUGAUUUACCUUAUGAUGCUGGGAAAGUUCUGGAUGCUUCAGUCUUCCCUUCUGAUGACGGAGAAGAUGGUGCUUGGGCUGUCCUCACCGAGAAAGCUGGAAUGUGGGUUAUCCCUGAGAAGGCUGUUUUGCUUGGUGGAGUUGAACCUCCUGAACGAAGCUUGUCUCGUAAAGGAAGCUCUAAAGAAGGAUCCACACAGGAGGAGAGAAGAAACGUCUCCUUUGCAGGAAAUAUUGCUCCUAGAAGGGCUAGUUCAGAGGCAUGGGAUGCUGGAGAUAGACAAAGACCAGCUUUUACAGGAAUUGCUCAUCGGACUGCCCAAGAUGAAGAAUCUGAAGCUUUACUGGCCCAGUUUUUUCACGAUUUUCUUCAAUCUGGAGAGGUCACUGGUACACUCAAUAAGCUACAGAAUUCUGGGGCAUUUGAAAGGGAUGGAGAGACAAAUGUCUUUGCCAGGUUAAGCAAAUCAAUUGUUGACACCCUAGCUAAACACUGGACGACUACUAGGGGUACAGAGAUCGUGGCUCUAGCUGUUGUCUCCACUCAACUCCAAGAUAAGCAGCAGAAGCAUCAAAAGUUUCUCCAGUUCCUUGCUCUGUCUAAAUGCCAUGAAGAACUGUGUUCUCGACAGAGGAAAUCCUUGCAGAUCAUCAUGGAACAUGGUGAAAAGCUUGCUGCCAUGAUUCAGCUCAGGGAGCUGCAGAACCUGAUUAGGCAGCAGAGCUCAACUGGAAGUGCCUUUACCAACUCUAACUCACAAGAUGAACUUUCUGGUUCCAUUUGGGACUUAAUCCAGUUAGUUGGUGAGAGAGCCCGUCAGAAUACUGUUCUUCUGAUGGAUAGGGAUAAUGCAGAAGUGUUCUACAGUAAGGUGUCUGAAGUUGAAGAAGUAUUUCAUUGCUUGGAGAGAAAGUUGAGUCUCAUAAUUAGUGGAGAUAUGCCAUUCACAUUUCAGCUCCAAAGAGCCUGUGAAUUGUCAAGCAUGUGUGUCACCUUACUUCAUACAUCAAUGAAUUACAAGGAUGAGAAUCACAUGUGGUAUCCCUCUCCAGAAGGCUUAACACCGUGGUAUUCUCAAACUGUCGUGAGGAGUGGGAUAUGGACUCUUGCAUCUUUCAUGCUUCAACUGGUAAAGGAUAUGGGGCACCUCGAUAGAUCAGCGAAGUUGGACUUUCAUUCUCAUCUAGAAGUACUGAUUAAAGUAUUACUUGAGGCAUACUCUGGUGCCGUCACAGCAAAAGUUGAGCGUGAAGAAGAACAUAUUAGUUUAUUGGAAGAGUACUGGAAGAGGAGAGAUACACUUCUUGAUUCACUUUAUCAACAAGUGAAAGGUUUUAACCAAGCCACAUACCAGGGUUCGAGUGAAGUGGUGGAAGAGCAAAAUGAAGAAAUCAGGCAAAAGCUUUCUUCUAAUUUACUUGCUAUUGCUAAACGGCAUGAGGGAUAUCAAACUCUUUGGAAUUUGUGCUUUGAUCACAAUGAUUUGGAACUACUCCGAAGUCUAAUGCAUGACAGCAUGGGUCCUAAAGGUGGAUUUAGUAACUUUGUGUUUAAGCAAAUGUACAACAAUAAACAGUUCGCCAAACUUAUGAGGCUUGGGGAAGAGUUUCCGGAAGAGCUAGCAAUAUUUUUGAAGGACCACCCAGAUCUCCUCUGGCUUCAUGAGAUAUUCCUACAUCAAUUUUCCUCGGCUUCUGAUACUCUUCAUGUCCUGGCACUUUCUGAUGGAGAUAGUUCAAUCUCCGAAAUUGAGGAGCCCACGUCUUAUGAAACUAAAGUCGAACCAACAUUGGCGGACAGAAGGCGGCUCUUAAACCUCUCAAAGAUAGCUGCCAUGGCAGGAAAAAAUGCUGAUUAUGAUACCAGAUUGAAGCGCAUUGAAGCUGAUUCAAGAAUUCUCAAAUUGCAGCAAGAGAUAUUGGAACUCCUUCCCGAUGAUGAAGAAACACAGGAGAUUGCUCAGAAGCUUCUCCCACCGGCCGACCUUAUUCAGUUAUGCCUCAAGAUUGAAAACAAGAAACCUGUUUUGCAUGCUUUCGAUGUAUUUGCAUGGACCAGUCUUUCCUUUUUGAGGUGCAAUACAAGUCUUCUAGAGGAAUGCUGGAAGCACGUGGCUAAUCAAGACGAUUGGGAGACCAUUAACCAGGAAUCCAUGGCUAAGGGGUUGAGCGAUGAGGAAAUCUUGGAGGUUCUUAGAGAAACCGCUCUUUUUCAGGCUUCACGUAGGUGUUAUGGACCGGAAGCCGAAACUUACGAAGGUGGGUUCGAAGAAGUGCUUCCGUUAAGGCAAGAAUCAUCGGAGGUUUCUAUGGGUUCUUCUGUGGAAGCGAUCUUGAUGCAGCAUAGAAGUUUUCCAGAUGCCGGGAAGUUGAUGGUGAUGGCAAUCAUGAUGGGAAGCGUUGCGGCCGAUGAGAGAUCAGAAGACGGUCCUUCACCUAUGGAGUGAAUAUUGUUGAGAUGAUAAUGAACUGCAACAGAAUGAUGAAUCAAAUGUUUUGGUGAGUUGUAGAUGUUUGUUUUUAGUGUUGUGAAAUGGAAUCGGUUCGAACC